AUGCCGGGGUGUUCCACUUCAAGUUCAGGUUCAGGUUCAACCGGUUUUAUAUCCUUCAGUGGUGUAGAAUCUGCACUGUCCUCCUUGAAAAACUUCCAAGCCUGUAUCAGCUCUGGAAUGGACACAGCUUCUAGUGUGGCUUUGGAUCUCGUGGAAACUCAGACUGAAGUGAGUAGUGAAUACAGCAUGGAUAAGGCAAUGGUUGAAUUUGCAAUGAUGGAUCGGGAACUAAACCAUUAUUUAAAGGCUGUGCAAUCUACAAUAAACCAUGUAAAAGAAGAACGUUCAGAGAAAAUACCUGAUCUAAAAUUAUUAGUGGAGAAGAAGUUUUUGGCUUUACAGAAUAAGAAUUCCGAUGCAGACUUUCAAAAUAACGAAAAAUUUGUCCAAUUUAAACAACAGCUGAAAGAACUAAAGAAGCAAUACGGUCUUCAAGGAGACAGAGAGGCUGACAGCACAGAAGGACUUGAUGAAGAUAUGAUUGUGACUCAAAGUCAGACCAACUUCAUCUGCCCCAUUACACAGCUGGAAAUGAAGAAACCAGUGAAAAAUAAAGUGUGUGGCCACACCUACGAUGAGGAAGCCAUUGUUCGCAUGAUUGAGUCCAAGCACAGGCGGAAGAAAAAGGCCUGUUGCCCGAAAGUCGGCUGUAGCCAGAUAGACAUGAGAAUAUCGGACCUCAUCCAGGAUGAGGCGCUGAGAAGAGCAAUUGAGAACCACAACAAGAAGAGACGUCGCCAGUCCACCUAG